ACCUGGCAUUGCAGCAUGUCUCACGAAAGGACAGAUUGCGGCGACGAGAACGAACAGGACCUUGACCAAGUUGACGAUGGGUCUUCAAAGACUUUUACCAGCUGUUUCACGGACCCAUCAGAACAAAUCAACACACAAGAUAAACCUGCUCUCCCUUACAUCUCCUGGACAGAUUCUCAUAUACAUCAGUUGAUAGAAUGGCUAGAGAAGCAUCCGAGACACCGUCAGAUGCUUUUUUUGGACUCUAGGUCUGUAGUCAAGGAUGAAGGGAGGCCAGUCGUCAAGAACACCAAAAAAGUGAAGGAAUAUAUCCAUGAAC